UGAAGUCGUUGGGCGGGACGAAGCAGAGCCCAUGUCCACCUCCGUUUGGUGGGUAAGACUAGUAUACUGCUGGAGAAAAGGGGAAAAUAGAGAGCAGAGAGGCGUGUGGACUAACCUGAGUUUGUUUGGAGUGGAUCUUGUUUGUAUUGGAUGCUUGGAGAGGCGACACGGAUAUUUUCUGAUUUCGGAAACUUUCCAGAGGACGCCGCUGGACAAAUUUGGCAACCUGGCGCGAGAAGUUUAACACCCACCAACACCAAGUCCGCCAGUCCAGCACCCGGUGAUGUCCCAUCAGUAAUGGAGGCCAUGGCAGUGAGCACAUCUGCACAGGGUCCAGAUGAGUUUGACCGGAAUGCUCCGCGGAUCUGUGGUGUCUGUGGAGACAAGGCCACCGGAUUUCACUUUAAUGCUAUGACCUGCGAGGGCUGCAAGGGCUUUUUCAGACGCAGCAUGAAGCGCAAGGCCAGUUUCACAUGCCCCUUUAACGGCAGCUGCACCAUUACCAAAGACAACCGCAGACACUGCCAAGCCUGCCGCCUCAAACGCUGCGUCGACAUCGGCAUGAUGAAGGAGUUUAUUCUGACUGAUGAGGAGGUACAGAGGAAGAAGGAGCUGAUUCUGAAGCGUAAAGAGGAGGAGGCGGCGCGGGAGGCACAGAAGCCCCGUCUUAGUGAUGAGCAAACUCAGAUCAUCAGCACGCUGGUGGAGGCACACCACAAAACCUAUGACGACUCUUACUCCGACUUCGCCAGAUUCAGACCCCCAGUGAGAGAGGGUCCUGUGACCCGCAGUGCGAGUCGUGCUGCUUCCCUCCACUCACUUUCAGAUGCGUCUUCAGACUCCUUCAACCACUCACCAGAGUCUGUGGACACUAAGCUGAACUUCAGCAGUCUGUUAUCGAUGUAUCAGGAGGGUACAGGAAGCCCGGACUCGAGCGAGGAUGACAACUCCCGGCUCUCCAUGCUGCCCCACCUGGCUGAUUUGGUCAGCUACAGCAUUCAGAAAGUCAUUGGCUUUGCCAAGAUGAUCCCCGGCUUCAGGGAUCUGACUGCAGAGGAUCAGAUAGCUCUGCUAAAGUCUAGCGCUAUAGAGAUCAUCAUGCUGCGCUCUAAUCAGUCCUUUAGUUUGGAGGAUAUGAGCUGGAGCUGUGGAGGACCUGACUUUAAAUACUGCAUCACCGAUGUGACAAAGGCUGGUCACACUCUGGAGCUGCUGGAGCCGCUGGUGAAGUUUCAGGUGGGACUGAAAAAGCUCAACAUGCAUGAAGAGGAACACGUGCUGCUCAUGGCCAUCUGUCUCCUCUCCCCAGACCGGCCAGGUGUGCAGGACCAUGCUCGUAUCGAGGCUCUGCAGGACCGUCUGUGUGAGGUUCUCCAGGCCUACAUCCGGAUCAAUCACCCGGGCGGGAGACUGCUCUAUGCCAAAAUGAUCCAGAAGCUCGCAGACCUGCGCAGCCUGAACGAGGAGCACUCCAAGCAGUACCGCUCGCUGUCUUUCCAGCCUGAGCACAGCAUGCAGCUCACCCCGCUUGUGCUUGAGGUGUUCGGCAGUGAGGUGUCCUAGCGCCCGGGGCGGCCCCUCCCAUACCCCCGCCCGGGCCCCUGCCACAGCACCAACAGAAGAAACAUCUCUGCCCGGGACAACACGCAGGCAUCCAGCAGCAGCGGCGGCACAGACCCUCUAGAUGGCGCUGAUCUGCCAGUGGAUGCCAAAUGAUUACGGGGGACUGUAGGGGUGUGGUUGUUAGGAAGAGAGAGCAAGGGGUGGGAGGGAAGGCGAUUAUGUAUGUGAGUUGGGCGAAGGGUCAUGGGCAUGCUUUUAGAAUUCCCUUUCCUUUAAGCUAAAGGGAAUAUUUAAAGAAUGUACUUAUAUAAAUAUAAGAAUAGAACUAUAAAUAUAAGCUAAUAUCUAUAUUUAAGAGAGAUGGUUUCUACUAAAACGUAAGGAUAUGGCUGGGUUAUCCUCUGUUGUACAAUAGGAUUAGCAGGCCCCUUUUGGUUUGUGUGUGUGUGUGUGUGUGUGUGUGUGUGUGUGUGCGUGGGUGCGUGAGCGAGUUGUGUAGAGAUGUGUUUGAGUGUAAUAUGAAAGGACACUAACAGACGUGCACACACACUGAAUGAAGUGCAGGGGGGCUUUCUAUUUUUGAUGUCUGUGUAGAUAGGAUAUUUAAUGACCACAGGAGAGCUGGCCUACAAGAAUGUAACUGAAUCCCGAAAUUCAAGAUGGAGCACACUAAAGCCUGCGGUAUCAGGCUGAUUAUAAUUACUGCUACCUGCAAUCUUUUAUAGUUAGUCGUUAUGCUAGCUGAAAAAGGCCCAGUUUUUAUAUCAAAGCCUGGACUAUCAAUCUGUAUUUAAAGUGCCAAAAGAUUAUAAUGCUGCCACAUUUCAUAAAUCAGUAUAUGUCUUAUCUUGCCGAUUAGAUGGCUUUGCUUAUCAGAUAGCUGGUAGCAUCUGGCAUAGAUUCUAAAUCAAUCAGUGAUUUAGUCUAACACUUACUUAUUAGGGGUUAAAGAAGUAGUUAAACAAAUAAUUAACAUGAUUUAAUGCUUGGUUGUAAACCAAGACAUGUUUAAUAUCUGAUAUAUGAUUCUUUUGUUUACAACAGAAAGAGAUACUUGGCUAAUGUCAGUAACAAACAUUGGAUAAAGGCUAUAUUCAUAUUACAGGCCUCGUUUUCAGGCCUUACUUCACUUAUCGCUUAUCCUUGUGUUGCUGGUCCUGUUUAUGAUCCGAUUAGCAACCUUUCCAUUAACAUUUAAAUUAGGGCUUUAUGAUAAGCUGUAUUUGUAUCAUUAGCACAGCAUGAGUUUUCUUAAUAAUAUUGGGUGGGAUAUCACCCAGGCCCGCCCCCCAUCCCUGGUCCCAAUGACUGGAAUGACUUAUCUUUUUUUUUUUUAAUAAUUUUAUUUCUAAUUUUUCACAUUUUCUCCCCAAUUUACACAGCCAAUUACCCAACCCACUCAUUAGGACUCUCCCUAUCAUUAGUGAUACCUCAACACACCAGGAGGGUGAAGACACAUGCUUCCUCUGAUACAUGUGAAGUCAGCCACCGCUUCUUUUCGAGCUGCUGCUGAUGCAGCAUUGCCGAGCAGCCAGCGCACUUGGUGCGCACUUGCCAGCUCGGCUCUGGUACAUCAGCUCACAGACGCCCUGUGCUGCAGACAUCACCAUAGGAGUGAUGUGGGGAAAGAGCGCCAUCUACCCACCCAGAGGGAGCAGGGCCAAUUUUGCUCCCUCUAACGCCGGCAGCUUGAUGGCAAAGCUGCAUGAGCUGGGGUUCGAACCGGCGUCCUCCUGCUCAUAGUGACAGCGCCUUAGACUGCUGGACCACUCGGCGCCCAAGAAUGACUUAUCUAACCGCAAUCUAAAAACAUUCAUGUUUCAUGCUCACUAAUUAUAUACCGGUACAUAUCCAGUCUAUGACCAUGGAUACAAAUGACUCAGAUCUGAUUUACAAAGAUCAAGAUUUGACCAUAUGUUCACACAGCCCUUAAAAAAUCACAUUAAGGCAUAAAAUCAAGUUUUGAGUCAGUGCAGCCUGCUAAUGUAAACAUAGCCUCAGAUUAUUACAGAUUAUUAUUGUUAAGAAACUACACCAAGUCAGUGUAUUCUAAACCACAAAGCAUAUAAAGGUCUAGUUAUGUUUUUACAAGACAAAGGACAUUUAUUAAAGUUGUAAUUAAAGAGAUCAUAGAUAAUAUUGAAGUCAUCCAUUGUUUGUUAGCAAGUUUAAUCUAGAAUCCCCUCUAUUUGUACUACAAAAGCACUUAAGAACUUCAGAUACUAAAAAAUAUCCUAUCUGAUCAACUGCAUCUGGGGAAGUGUAAAUAAAACAUACUAAAUUGAUCUUUAUGAUCAAUUAUGAGAAUGAUGAAAUUACUUUAAAUCAAGAAAUGGUAAAGUAUUUUUUGGCAGUAACUAGUAAAAAAAAGUAUUUCCACUCCAAGCUGUUUCUAAGAUAAAUUAGAGAAGACAUGACAUUUUUGCAGUUUACAGUUUUGUGCUGCUCUCUUGUGGUCGUACAUUGUUGUAAAUACCACUUUUAUUAUUUCUGUACAUAUUAAGUCUAAUGAAAAAACUACAACGUAGGCAAGUACUAAGAUACAAGGUUAAUCAAUCAGUUAAUUCAAAAGAUGCUUGGGAGAAAUAUGCAAAUAUGAUUUUUUUUCUCUCUCUUUUUUUUCCUGAGGUGACAUAAUAAGCUUUGACAACUUCUAUUCAUGAUGUUAGGUGCGAAUUGAUCAUUUAAUAAUAUGUCUAUAGUUUUUCUCUUUAUUCUUAUGAUAUAGUUUUGUAUGAAUUUAGAUAUUAUGUUCAAGAUGUUCUACAUCAGAGUCCUUUAUUUAGUUUUUUGUUUUUAUUUUCUUAUCUUUCUUCUUUGCAAGUCAAUGAGACAUCUCAAACCAGACUCUUGCUGCUGUGCAAAUCCGUGCUAGAACUUUACUACAACUGGGGAAGAAGCAGGAACAUCACCAAUGGUGUAGCGCUCCUGCUCUGACCACAAACUCUGCCUCAAACAAUUCAAUCAAGAGGACGAGAUCCCUCAUAUAUCUAUAAUAUAAAUAUCUAUAUUUACACCCAUGCGCCUCCUGUUUAUGCCAAUACUUCUGCCGUACUACAGUAGCCUAAUGUGCGAGACUCUACCGAAGCUUUAAACGCGCUGUGGAAGGAAUCGUGACCGGAGGAGAGACUGACCGACAGAUGGAUGGUGUCUGGCUGCUAGAGAAUGGAGCUGUGAUUUGUUGAUUUUUUGUAUUGUUUUUGUUCCUGGAAAGCUCUUGUUUGAAACUUUUUGUGUACAAAAACUAAAACUGCUUCAUAGGAAAGAUAAAAUAAGCUAAAGGUAAGCUAGAACGAGCUGGAAUGUUCUGUGACAGCACGAGAUGUUGGAACAGACUAAAAUGAACGGCUGGGCAGAUGUCCUUAAGUGAACCCACGUGGUAGAGAAAUGAGGGGCACGGAUGUGGAUUUUUUUUAAGAGACAGACACUGACUCACACAAGCCGCUCAAUCUCUUGCAGGCUUACCUGACUCUAAUAUUUUUUUCUUUUAAUUUUUUUGUGAAUGGUAUGUCAGCGCCAUCUAGUGGGUUAACUAGCAUUGCAACAAGUACUGGUGUGUAUAUUAUAGUAGCUAUGAUCAGCUUUUUUCCUUGAUAAUCUCUAAUAGCUGAGGAGCAUAAGCUUUGUCAUCCAGCGCUGUGAACGGAUACAUGAAAAACAACAAAAGCUAAUUCUAUCUCUUCAGACCAAGGUCAGCGUUUCGUUGCCUCUGUAGCCUUACAAGAACUCAACUCUGAACAGCUGACCCAGUGCAACUGGAUAACUUUCAGAAACAUAACAAGGGAAACAAAAGGCAGACUUACGGACUUACACACACACACACACAUAUACACAAGAACACUUUUAUCAGGACUAUUUCCUCCAUGGUUUCAGCAGGGAAGAGUUCAGCAAUCUUGGACAGAGAGAGAUUCUUUGGCCUCAGCCAAGCCAAGCUUACUAAGACAGGACCCCUCUCCAAAACCCCCAAAACCUCAAACCCUGUUUGGCCUAGUAGAAACCCAGAAGGGUUCUUUCAUUGCCGUUUAUAAUGGUAAAGCACCAUUAAAGUUGAGAACAGAGUAAGCCACCUACACUCAUUCACAAAAAAAUAAUCCUCCAAUUAGGAGUUCAAGAAACUGAAUAUGAUAUUUAAAUGAUUAUACUAUAACUUACUAUGGAAAACUGUAGUGGCUCUAGUACCCUGUUGGGUCACCCCUAUCUUGGACUCGGGAUGAGAUGCAGUUGAACUUGAAAGCAUACAGGUUCCUUAAGGAAUCCACAGCUGGGUCUGUAGAUCCUGCUCUGCACUCCUAAACUGCUGACACUGGUGACCCUGGUGGUUCCAUAAAUUCUUGAUUAGCAGUAAAUCUGGUGACCAAACAGGCAAUGGAUUUGUUGUAGUCUGACAUUCAUGGGAUAGCAUUGAGUGCAUCUCAGAGGCAUGUCUAGCAGUUAAUGAUCUCUCACCAAGAAAUAAACUACCCAAAAGUAGCCUCUUAACUUUUAUGCCCUAUUUCAGAGCAGGACCCAGUGUCUAAUCAGACCACAUUUGUAAUCAUUUACUAUUUGCAUUUUUUUGUCAUUGAGUGUAUUUUGAGAUGCAGAAGGUUCUUUGGUUCUCUAAGCAAAGUUUGUAUUUUCAAAAUGCCUUUUUUGUACCUUAUUUAGUAAGCUUAAGUAAAGAGAGCUUUAAAAAGGGUUAUUGCUUUGAAAGUGGGUUUUAUUGAGUAAGGUGGGGCUAGGAAUAGAGUAGUCCAGUUUCAGAAAGGUUUGGCUUUGGGAUUUUAGCUUGAUGACAGUAAUGUUUUGGUGGGCACUUGACAAGAAGACUUUAUCUUCUUUGUAUACCAGGUGAAGCAGACUAGCCCUGCCAAACCUACACUCUCAGGCUCUCAAGCAGAUGGUGCACACCAUUCAGACCUUGUUGAAGGAAAUGAUGGAAACCUUACCUUUGUUAAUUGAUGCUUCUGCGUUGCAUCUCUGCUGUAGUCUAGGCAUUACCUACACAUUGCUGCGUACUUGCCUAUGGCAUAUUCUAACACGCAACUGUGAUUGGUGGUUAAACUGCAGAAUCAGUUCAGCACCAUCGCACAAGUAUAAACACUCAUGACUGUGUAGGGCACUUGCGCCUACUACGCUGUGGACAAUGCGCUUACUCGAUGUAGAAACAUAAUUCAGUCCUUAGGUUUGAGUUAUUCAAGUAGAGUUGUUGCUUAUUCAAGCCCACAAGGCUGACUGAGUUGGGUCUAGGUUUGGUGGAUGGAAGCUCAGGUCACUCAUCAGGCUCAUGGUGACUCAUUUGUAGGAGCAGAUGAGCAGAGCAGGACAGGGUGUCUGUGAGAUCUUUGUUUGUGAAAGCUGAUUGUGUAAGGAGACACACCGACAGGUGCCGUUUUUAACCAAAAUGAACUACCUCUCCCAUCCGCACAUGUAUUCAGUACACAAUUGUGUUUCUUCAGUUUUUUUAUAUUUAAAAAGCAAAAAAUGGAAAAAAAACCACCUAUACACACACUAAUUCUUUUUCUUAUUUAUUCCUCCAACUCAAAUGCUGGACUAUUUACCUCAAAAUAUCUGCAUAAUAAGUCUACAGUUGAGAGUGCUCUGUCAGCUCUUGCCAGGCUGCUAAACCUCUUUUCUUCGCGUGCUGUGAGAGUGGCAUGGCUGUGUGAACAGUGUUGCAGCUGGUCAGUGGCCUGAUUCUGGCGGCCCGGUGAUCCGUUUGGCCUGGACGUGGUGAUUGAGGCCUAGCGCUAGAAAUGCUAUUAGGUCACUGGAAUUAAGCUGAGACCAGCGUUGUUAUUUUGUGGACAUUUGUUUCAGUAUUAGCUUGCUCCUUGCCAACUGGCAAAGCUCAGACAACCAAGCUGGCUAAUUGUGCGCUAUGCUAAUCUUAAGCUAAGCCUAGCAGUGUUUGGAAGUGUUUUUUCUAUUUCUUUAUUUUUCUGCUCAUCAUGUUAUAUGUGCUGCAUUUGUGUGGCAGGUCUGUUGUGCAUCAAUAAGAGCUUGCUUGAACCCUCCUGCUUUUUAGUCAGUCAGACUUUGCUUUCUAUUUCUAUCUCUCUUACUCUCUCUCUUAUUGCUUUCUCUGUUGUAAAAAGAACAGACACUGCCCUCUAUCUUCGAUUAGGCAGUCAAUUUAGCAAAGGAAAAAAAAAAAAAAUGCCCCAGGAAAAGAGCUUUCGGACUCUUUGUGGAUUUGCGCCUCAAGUCAACCAAACUCUUAGUCUGAUUGUAUUCAUUCUUUAUUUUCUCCUUGUGUUGGUGGAUAACAAAUGAGCUUGGUUAUCCAUCAGGUUUCAUUCAGUUGUCUAGGCAUUGCUGUCCCCCUGUUGGGGGCUUCCUUGCUGCUUUGGUUCUCCUCUGCUACCUCUUCAUAAACUGGUUUACACACAUAUACACACACUCACACAUAUAUAUAUAUAUAUAUAUAUAUAUAUAUAUAUGCACACACACACACACACACACAGUCAUACAUGCAUUCAUACCAUCCACCAGCAAUCUUGCCUGUAACUUACUCAUUUUUAAGGGUGUAUGUGCUCAUCCAUCAUAGGAAUUGUAUUGUUGUUAUUGUUAUUAUUAUUAUUAUUAUUAUUAUUAUUAUAAAUAUUACCGUCACAUUAAAUCUGCAACUGACCAACUUUUGGGGGAAGUGGUCAGCGCUUGCUAGAUUCCUUCAUUCAUCUACAUGCUAGCUCAGUUACAGUACCUCUGUGUGCCUAAAACCCAAAGCCUUAUUUUGGGAGAGUGUCAGGGUUAAGUUGUUCGUUUUAAUGCAGAAGUGUGCAGCCCAAGUCUGAGUGGUUCUGCCAAAACUUUUUUCAUUUAUUAGUCUGAACUCCAUUUCAAGACUGAACUAAUCUAGAGUCCAUGGGCUUCUGAGGUCAUGCCCUUAACUAGCAACUCUGGUCUAGGCUGGUCUUUUUUAUGAGAAUGGAUCCUUUGAAAUAUGAGUUACUUUUUUCCACUGCAUGGUACCUAGACUAUUAGACGUUAUUCAGCUCUACUCCGUACCUAUUCAGUUUCACACUACUAAAAGUAGAACCAAAAUCAAUCCAACUCUGAAGGCAUUAGGUUAAUUUGAUACAUGGGAGCAGGUUGUUGUGGUUGUUAGUGCCUGCUUGCUAAUGGAUCCAAGUGCUUCUUUAAUCCUUUUUAACACAGAUGAGCCAAUGAUUUUCAUAGUUCACAUUAACUUUUCCACGAGACGACUUUGACUGGGUUUGGAACACAAGUGACAAAAAAGACCAAUAGACCCAAUACAGAUGUAACUAAAACAAAAGCAUGGAUGACCUCAGAGUUUUCUACUAAUUAUGUCAUAGAAUUAAUAACCACCGGUGCAAAGGUGUAAAAUGCAAUAUAAAAGGUGGUUGAUCAUUCUAAAACGGUGCAUUUUAUCCUUUUUUUGAAAGGAGAGUCUCAGUUGAAUCUAGAUUAGUUCUUUCUAGUUCUGGGGCCCAGAAAAUAGCUAUAGACUGAAAGGAAUCGUAAUAGUCCAAAGCCAAACCUGAAGAAAGCUCACAAGAGGGAAACUGUGGAUCCACAAACUCGUCUCAGACAGACAGACAGAUCAGACAGGUGGAGAGAAAGUCCUGAAGUCAGCUGCCUUACUCUCAGUCUUUUACAUUUAAUCUUUUACUAUAAGAAGUGUGCAUUAGGCCUAUCUGGUACAUAUAAAAUUAUAUACAUACUGAUAUACUGUAUCUUGUACAGUUGCAUGUGCGUUCACUCAGGUAAAUGCUGAGCAUGGUGUUUCAUUAUUAAUAUUAUAUAAUAUUAUUUCUAAGUGGAAUUAAAAUAUAUCUAGACAUGUUAAGGCUUUGUCAGUAGCUGCGUUUCACAGCCAAGGCUGCAGCCUCAGUAGCAGCCUGUCCUAUUAGACGACUUCUUAUUAGCCUAUUGGUCACAAAUAAGAAACAGUAUAAUGAGGCUGUGUGGUAAUGUCACCAGAAAAGUCACACCUCUUGUGAUUGUGGGGCGGAGCUUGUGAGAGAGAAAAUGAAUUUGUUGCAGUGUGCCUCGUACGUUUAUUUUUUCCUUUAAGUUUUUAAACAAACCUUGGCACUGCAGCUUUGUGUUGUACAUAUGCAGAUAAUUGUGGGUAACCAAGGGCCUAGAAAAACACAUUAGUUCUUGACAUCACUCUGAACAUAGCCAUCUAAAGCAUCUUAGCAGUCAAAGAAGGCAGCCUGCCUCGGUUGCAACUUAGGCUUUUGGAACGCAGCUCAUAUUGUCAUGUUCAUGUCGGCAUUAAGAAAAUCAAGAAAUGCAUUCACCCAGUGAAGGUCCAAUAAAUAUGCAAUGUGAAGAAAUUUGUGUGUAAAUUCAACCAUGAAAUUGUGACUCAGGCUAAAGGAAAACAAAACAUACAAAGACGGAAGCAAACCAUAUAUUUUUGUAUCACUAUUGUAGCAUUUGUUUCGUCAUGUGGUCACAUGUAUAAAGUACACAACAUUAGUUAACCACCAUGCUUUUUGGCAGGACAAAUUGUCCUUGCUUUGCUGAGACUGACCCAGUUAUCUUCUGUCUGAGACUGUUUCACUGGAGCUCCAGGUGGACGCUGAUCUUUUCAGGCUUCCCUCUGAACUCAGCAUCAGCAUAUGUACAGAAAACUUACAAAUACAAGACUUGUGCCUAUUACCACACUGAAAUAAUCUGGAUUUAGUGUGGGCAGUUGUAGCUCUCUGAAUGUGAACGCUCUUCAGACUGAAUCCCAGAAGAUUCAACAACACUUGUGAGGAAUUUGGAGUAUUUCAGUCUGGCCUAACUCCGCUCCGGGGUUUUGAUAUUGAUCAUCAGCAAAUCAAACAGAGCAGCUUCUUUUAUUUUUUUUCUAGUUUAGGGGAAAUCUGAAUACUCUGUUCCACCUGGACCAGUUGUGAGUGAUGUGGAUUUUAGUGGACCAUUCAUGGCUUUCCCAAAAUACACCUAACUCGCAUACAUGCAUGCGGUCUCAUUCCAUGUAUAUCUAGGAUUCCAAGAUAAGCACUUGUAGCUUAAAAUGUGCACAGAGCUAACGUCAGAUUCCAUACUGGCUUAAAGUGCUAGGCCUAGGCUUAACAUUGUACAAAUUUUGACGCUCAAAUCAUGCAGAAUUGCCAUAAACCGCACCCACCCCCAUUUUUGUACGUGUCUGUUCUGUGUUAAUGUCUCCUAUAUUCCUGAAAAUCGCUCCAUUACACAUUUAUUUUGUGCAUUGUAUGUAGUAAAUAAAAUGUUUUGGAGAAAAUAAACAGCUGUAUAUAGUGA